GCCGCGCCGGGCCGCCCCGCUCCGCCUCGGUGUUGUCUCCAGAAGGGAUGCGGCGGCCAGCGCCAUGAGCUGGCGGUCCGGCUCCCGCGGCGUGGUCCUCACCGCCUACCACCCCAGCGGCGGGGCCGGCGACGCGCCCGGCGGCCGUCGGUCUGGACAGUAUACAAUGAACCAUGACCAUUCCAAGAAGAUUCCUGAUGGAGCAUCAUUUGACCGCUCAGGAUCCCAGGACUCCUUGGAUGAACUGUCUAUGGAUGACUACUGGAAAGAACUUGAAAACAUCCAGGAAACCAGAGGAAAUAAUAACGAGGAACGAGUAGCACUUGUAGUAAAAGAGCCAGAUGAGGGAGAACUGGAAGAAGAAUGGCUGAAGGAGGCAGGUUUGUCAAAUCUGUUUGGAGAGAGCUCAGGCGACUCCCUGGAAAGCAUGGUGUUUUUAUCCACCCUGACCCGAACCCAGAAAGCGGCAGUGGAAAAGCGAGUAGAGACUGUCACACAAACCAUGAGGAAGAGAAACAAACAGCACCAGAUUCCUGAUGUCAGAGAUAUCUUCAGGCUACAAAAUGACUCAAAGGGAAAAGUCUGUGAUGGAAGUGAACCUUCAACUGUGAGAACAAGUGAAAACAAAAAUGAAACACAUGAUGGAACAAAAGGUCCAAAGUUCAGUCUUGGAACAGAUGAACAGAAGAGCCUGCUUGAAGACAUGCCAUCUUCAGACACUGACAUCAAUUUAGAGAUAUCAUUUUCAGAACAGGCAGCUAAUCUCAAAGAGAGCUCAGCAGGCAAAAUGUACAAAGGUGGAGGGGGUGACACUCUUCUCCCGAAUUUCAGACUGCCGAAGGACAAAACAGGUACCACAAAGAUUGGUGACCUAGCCCCUCAGGACAUGAAGAAAGUCUAUUCUUUAGCACUGAUUGAAUUAACUGCUCUCUAUGACAUACUUGGGACAGAAUUCAAGCAGCAAAAAGCUGUAAAAAUCAAAACCAAAGACUCUGGCUUGUUUGGUGUCCCACUGUCACUUUUACUGGAACAGGAUCAGAAGAAGGUCCCAGGAACCAAAAUCCCACUGAUUUUUCAGAAGCUGAUUGCCCAGAUAGAAGAGACAACACUGGAAACAGAGGGACUUCUUAGAAUACCAGGAGUUUCAACACGAGUAAAGGGUCUUUGCCAAGAACUGGAAGCAAAAUUUUAUGAAGGGACUUUCAACUGGGAAAAUGUGAAGCAACAUGAUGCAGCAAGUCUUUUAAAACUCUUCAUCCGUGAACUGCCUCAGCCACUCCUCACUGUAGAAUAUCUCAAAGCUUUCCAAGAUGUGCAGAAUCUCCCAACGAGGAAACAGCAACUGCAAGCUUUGAAUCUUUUGGUUAUCCUUCUACCUGAAGCAAACAGAGACACUCUGAAGGUACUGCUUGAAUUCCUCCAAAGAGUAAUUGAUCACCGAGACAAAAAUAAGAUGACGUUGAAGAAUGUUGCGAUGGUGAUGGCACCAAACCUUUUCACAUUUCAUGGGUUUGGCUCAAAGACUAUUGAACAAAGCGAGUUUGUUAUGGCAGUUGGGACAGCAAAUGUCAUGCGCUUUAUGAUUCAGUACCAAAAACUUCUCUGGACAAUUCCAAAGUUUAUUGUUAACCAAGUGAGAAAACAAAAUGCUGAAAGCCCGAAGAAGGAGAAAAAGGACAAAGCUAUGAAGAAACUUCUGAAAAAGAUGGCAUAUGACCGGGAAAAGCAUGAGAAACAGGAGAAGACUCCUAAUGAUACUGAUGUUCCUCAGGGAGUGAUACGGGUGCAAGCGCCUCAUCUUUCCAAAGUUUCCAUGGCAAUACAGCUGACAGAAGAACUGAAAGCUGGUGAUAUAGUAGCCAGGUUUCUCAGCCAGAAAAGUGGAAAUGUCCAAACACUCAAGAGAGAAGAGGUCUUUCUUUAUGAAAUAGGAGGAAAUAUUGGAGAACGCUGCCUUGAUGAUGAUACCUACAUGAAGGACCUAUACCAGCUCAACCCAAAUGCUGAGUGGGUUAUAAAACCUAAACAGAGCUAAGAUCAUAACUAAUAGCAAAACCUCCAACCUGUGGACUUACCUUGUACAGCUGAAUGUUUCAAAGGGAUAGUGUGUCCUUUUAACAUUCAACCAUUAUGUAUAUUAAUAGAACUUUAUCCA